ACCGAUCUUCCCAAUGAGAGCGGCCUUGGCUUUUCUUUCACCAUAACUCUGAAACUUAUUUCAAGAACUCUUCUUCUUUUCCCAUACCAUUACUACUUUCCCCUCUCCCCUCUCCCCUCUCCCCUCUCCCUCCCUCUCUCUCUCUCUCUCUCACAAAUAUUCCUUCAGGCUUUAAGAAUUUAUUAAUGCAAUGGCUAUUGACUGCAUCACAAGCAUACCGUCCAUGCCUCACCCUCCAAAACAAGAACCGGAAGACGAGCAAAAAGCACUAGUUUUUGAUGCCACGGUACUCAGACACCAGUCAAACAUACCCCAGCAGUUCAUAUGGCCCGACGACGAAAAGCCCUGCUCUUAUGCCCCGGAACUUACUGUUCCCCUUAUUGACUUACGCGGCUUCCUCUCCGGCGACCCGGCUUCCGCAACGGAAGCCUCAAGACUCAUCGGCGAGGCAUGCCAAAAGCACGGCUUCUUUCUUGUUGUCAAUCAUGGCGUUGACGAUAAUCUAAUUGCUGAUGCUCAUCGCUACAUGGACGACUUUUUCCAUUUGCCCCUGUCUACAAAACAGAGCGCUCAGAGGAAGGUAGGUGAGCACUGUGGUUAUGCCAGUAGCUUCACUGGCAGAUUCUCCUCCAAGCUCCCUUGGAAGGAAACACUUUCUUUCCGCUACUCUGCUCAUCAAAACUCGUCCAACGUUGUCAAAGAAUAUAUGCAUAAUACAAUGGGUGAAGAAUUCAACCAAUUCGGGAGGGUUUACCAGGAUUACUGCGAAGCAAUGAGCACUCUUUCCCUAGGGAUCAUGGAACUCCUAGGAAUGAGCCUAGGCGUAAACCGAGCCCAUUUUAAGGAAUUCUUUGAGGAGAAUGAUUCAAUAAUGAGGCUCAACUACUAUCCGCCGUGCCAAAAACCUGACCUUACUUUAGGCACCGGGCCUCAUUGCGAUCCGACAUCUCUAACAAUCCUUCACCAAGACCAAGUGGGUGGCCUUCAAGUUUUUGUAGACGACGAAUGGCAAUCUGUAACCCCAAAUUUCAAUGCUUUUGUCGUGAACAUCGGCGACACCUUCAUGGCACUUUCAAAUGGAAGAUUCAAAAGUUGCUUGCAUCGGGCAGUGGUGAACAGCAAAACUCCAAGGAAAUCACUAGCUUUCUUUUUGUGUCCAGGAAAUGAUAAGGUGGUAAGCCCACCAAGUGAGUUGGUGGACACUGUGUGUCCACGGAUAUAUCCGGAUUUCACAUGGCCUAUGCUGCUUGAAUUCACACAGAAGCAUUACAGGGCUGACAUGAAGACCCUCGAAGUCUUUUCGAACUGGGUUCAACAGAAAAACAGCUGAAAUUCCAAGCUGACACGACCAUGUUAAUGGUCAUUUCUGCCUAAGAAAAUGACGUUGAUAAGAAGAGGAAAAAGGGGGCACAGAGACUUGGAGUUUUUCGUUAAAGCGCUAAGAGGAAGACAAAGCCAAAGUUGGAGGAAAAGACAGUUUUUGGGUUUUGGGUCUGGUUAAAUAACUUUUAGUGAUGAACAAAAGCAAGACGAGAAAAAGAGAGAUAUAAGGAACCAAUAAAAAGCUGCAUUCGACAGCUAAUUUUUGUAAUUCUCUUUGGUAUUAUAGAAGGUUACCAUUAAUAGUACUUCCUCUAUCUCUUGUAUGUAAAUUUGCAUUCUGUGGUUGGAAACUACCUUCAUAAAUUUGACCUACUCCUAUGUUAAUGGUUGGGUUGGAGAAGACCUACCUAGUACGACUGGUUAGGGAAAACAAAACCCUACCGUUCAUUUUUAUGGUCACGAUUUAAAGUUGAUGAAUCGAGACAUGCCACAAGAACGUCGGUAUUACAUCAGGCUUGCAUAUCCAUUUGAGGCUCUUGGACCAAAAAAAAAGGUAGAGGUAAAACCAGCAAGAAAUCCAAAAAGAGUGCGGUCCACAAGUAAAUAAAUGAUUCUGAGGAAUAUGGGGGGAGCUAGAAUCCAUUCAGGAUUGAAAGAGGUUUCUUUUUAACGUAUCCUCAUGCAAGUGUUAUUUGGUUUUAUUCUUGUAUUUUUUAUACCUGGAGCUUUGGAGGGUUCUGCAAUAUAGAAUGUGAAGGAUUACUCGCUACGUUUGUCGUGGUGCUUGUCUUGAAAUGCUGCAACAUUCUUCUCACGAUAUUGUAAACAUUUUACAUCAAUAAAGACUC